AUGUACCCCCUGACCAUCCCACCAUUGAGAGUAGUGAGAACAGAAAAGCUCAGAGAUCGGGUCUGGGCAGUAAAAGGUAGGAAAAGAUCGCCUGGUGCACCUGGACCUCUAGGGCCUCUCGGACCACCAGGGCCACAGGGGCCUCCUGGUUUUCCAGGCAUCCCCGGAAUCCCUGGGAGCAAUGUUUUUGGGCCUGUGGGCACACCUGGACCCCCAGGGCCCAAAGGACUUCCUGGAACCCAGGGUCCAGCAGGAGCUGUUGAUAAAAUCAAAACAAGAGAGUUCCAGCCAGCUAUGGUGCACCUGCAAGGCCAAGAAACCACAAUACAAGUGAGGGAAGAUCUUACAGAGGGUGUGUUGAGAAACUGGAAGAUGAUCGCAGCGCACCACAAAGUGUUCAGGAUGUACUCGCGCUCAGGAGAGCUGGAGGUGCUGGUGGAUGGGAUCUACUUCAUCUAUAGUCAGGUAGAAAUAUACUACCUGAACUUUACGGAUAUCGCCAGCUACGAGGUUCUGGUGGAUGGAUCAGUGUUCUUGCGCUGCACGUGUAGUAUUGAGACAGGUCAGCGCAAAUUCAACACAUGCUAUACGGCUGGAGUGAUGAAACUGCGUGCGCAUCAGCGCAUCUCUGUUCGCAUGGUUUACCAAGACACGCUGAUAAGCAUGAGCAAUCACACCACAUUUCUGGGCAGUGUGCGGUUAGGAGACGCAUCCUGA